AUGUUUCUCGCCACAAUUAAACUCUUCUCGUUCCUGAUCAAUCCAGAGUUCUGGGCCAGGACCGGCUUCUUCGUCGGCUACAUUAUCGCUUUCCUCCUCGUCUUGGAAGUUGUCCGUCUAGCCAGCACAGAUGCGAAUCGCAAAGAGGUUGAGAAACUUCUAGACGCGUAUGCUGCGUCGAGGAGUGACGUGCCUACGCAGAACGACAUCUACAUCCGUAUCUCCACAUGCUACUUCUCAGUCCCAUUCACACCCGCAAACCACCUCCUCUUCGAGUCCUACCCGCCGUCUUCGGAAACGCAGCGACACGCUCAACUCUUCCAGCAGCGCAGAGGCUAA